AUGAACGCACACGCAAGUGAGUACGAGUUACAAAGAUUAAAGAAUAUCAAUGAGAACAAGAAAAUACUUGAAAGUCUGGGGCUUGACAAGUUUGAGGUAUGAUAGUGUAGCUGCAUAACUGCGCCCUAUUCACAUCUAUUAGGAAUAUUAUGGAGAGUAAUACUUUUUCCAUAUAAAGGUCUCUCAGGGCUUUAAAAUAUGGAUAUUUCUAGCAGUUUUUAUAGCCAGGGAAUAUGUUUAACAACAGCACCCUGAAGUAAAUCCGUCUUCACAUACUGUAAAUGAAGGGCUAGCUUGCGGUUGUGAGGGAAUUUUAUGCGGCUGAGCCGCGAAAGGAAUGGGAAGGAGAAAAUUUAGAAACUGCCUUAAGCAGUCCUGAAGGUUGUGGAGUCUUAUCCGCCCACAGGGAAGAGUCAGGAAUUCCCAUAUGUCUUUGUAACCCUCAAGGGAGGCACAAAUAAGGUAGUAAAUCGAAAGUUAACAAUUUCAACAGAUAUUAAUGCAUUCCUGUGUGCAUAAUGAGCAGAGAUUUAGCUGGCACAUUUAUUUAGUUAAUAAUUCUUUCUGGCUUGAUUUUUUUUCUAACAAGCCUGAAAUUUGUGUCAUUUCAUGGUCUUUCCUGCUAAUGCAGAUCUCUUUUUUUCACAAACUCUGUUGUAUGGGCCAUUUAUUAUUUUUAAACUUUUACCAUUUUACAACCCUUGAUGGAGACAUGUGUACUCUGACCUCUGUUCACUUGAUUAAUUGAUUAUUUGUUUUGUGCUGCAACAAAUACAAACCACUAAUUUACAUUGCUCAGUUACAAGAAAAGAAAAAGUAAAGUGGAGUGGCAGGAGAGAGGAACAGAACUUUUGUCCUAAUUGAGACCUAACCCCUAAAAUGCUGAUUGGAUGAAGCAGAGAGCUUUUUCCCUUAAAUUUGGUAGUUGCUCUGGGCAAAGUAACUUCAAAUUGAAAAAAUUAAAAAUCUCAUUCUCUACUUUUUCAAGCUUUCAUACAUUGUAGACUGCUACCUUCCUUGUAUGAUAUAGGACAAAAAACAAACUGUCUUCAAUUGCGUAACCCAGUCUCAUGCAAUAUUUGGUGUCUCCUCCCAUAUGUAUAGGUGAUGAAACAUAUAGCCUGAGUUUAUAAACAUUUUACUCCGUAGUCUUUCACUCCAAGACCAAUAAUAAAGAGGCCAUUACAGACUAAGGGUGUGAAGAGGAAGAGAGAACAGGCAAAAGAUAAAGGUUCAAAAGCUGAUGAGGAAUUCAGUUUUGUGGAUAAAGAUAUCAGAUAUCAACUCAGAUCAUCACGCAGAAUUAGAGGACAGGUGGAGUAGUUUUGACAGCGGACCAAUUGUCAGGGGGGUGCAAUAAGAUAUUACAUUAAAAAUAAAUCUCUUUGAGAUGUGCGACUCUCUACAUGUUGCUAAGCCAAGUCAAUUUUUGUUUUAAAGCUAAGCUGUAGUGUAUAUUAUGUCUUAUGAAUAUUUGGAUCAUGAACUUGGGAGCUUGUUUCAAUGUUCUUAAGACUUUAAUGUCCAUUCCUUUUAAACAUUUUUACUUUUCAUAUAGAGUUUCAAAUGGUCUAUCUUGAUCAAAGAAAAACAAAAGUCAGUUAGUUGUAGGGAUGUCAUUUUGUCUACCCUCUUCAAUCCACGUCCCCAAUCUUUUUCAUUAGGAACCAAGCAAUCAGGACUUAAAGAAUUACAGUUUUGAUGAUAGUGAUUAUGAUACCCAGGAAUACAGGAAGCCUUUAAGAGUACCAAAAAAUAGAGAAAAUGUCUUUGGAGAGAUUCCAGGUAACUUGCAAACAUUUUAUAGAAUUAUUGGGAAUUGACCAAUAAAGGAAAUAUUGUAAAUCUACAUCUAUGCCACUUAUAUAAACACAAAAUGCAUUGUAGACACAAAGAGUACAAUUGUAGUUAAAUGUACAUUUUUCAGAUUUUAUUUUCUGUUGUUUAAUACUCUCUCCUUAAUUCACCUAAUUAUUUGACAUUUGUCAUUUCAAAAGUUUCAGCUAAGAGAUUUAUUGUGGCUUGCAAUUGCUUGUAGCUGACAGUAACUGAUGUGUUUGUUAGGUUGUCCUGUGGGAACCUCCUGGGAUUCAAGACUCACUUGCUGUAUUGAUGGUGUACAUCGGUGAGGAAGUCAUUAUGGUUCUUUUAACAUACUGUAGAUCAUCACAACUCUAUUUAAAAGAAAAAAAGAGUAAGAACAUACUAUGUAUCACUGCUCAUUGAUAAAUUUUACCAGUAUGACUCCUAAAUUGGUAGAAACAGUGUCUGAUGAGCAGUUGAAAUUUACUGUAAGUUUUUGCAGAUGAUGAUACUAUUGCAUACUCAAUGCAGCAGACACAGGGUGUUGUGCACUGGAGUUUGGGGAGUGUCAACCACAGUGUAGGAAUUGACAACACAAGUUGAUUCAACAUUGUUUAAUGCUAUUGUCUGACUAUUGUACACAUGCGGUGAAAACUGAAAAGGGAAAUUGAAAUGUACAAGAUCAAAAAAUGAGCUAAGACUAAUUACAAAGCAAGCAAGAUCAAAAAGAAAAGGAAACUAAAUACAACAGGCUGGAACUUAAGUCUGAUCUUGUCUUUAUGGGCUUAGAGGAACUGCAAUGUUACAUGACUGGAACAGUCUUGUGUAAAAAGAAACUCUGAUCUAUCUCCGUUGAUCUCCAAACUCCAACUGACUUGAUACUUAAGGGACAUACCACUAUAAGGGUAUUGCUCAUGUAUACAAUUGCAAACUGGUUUAUCAGGAAUGCAAGCCAAGUAUGUAAUUCAAACUGUGAACAAUAGUACACUAGGAAAAUUGGAAAACUGUAAACUCGACAAAGAAAUACAACAGAACUUUUUCCCUACUUUAAAUCACAACCAAAUGAUUAUGUAAUCAAAGUCUUCUUUGAAUGUUCAUUACAGUUACUGUCAAUUAAGAUCAGAGUAUUUUAGACUAGAUGUUCAUGUACUGUAUCUCUGGUCUUAGAAUACCAUAUUUAGCCACAGUUUUGUUGCUACUUUUUCUCUUCUCUAAAAUUCGAUACUGACAGCUGAGAAUACUGUUGGUGUUGGUGUAAGACUAGAUUCUAUUAAAAUAGACUAGAUGUUUAUGAUUCAGCAGUGUAUGUGUUUAUCAACUUAAUGCAGGCCAACAGUAGCUGGUAUUCAUGGGAGCGAUGAAGGAUGCUACUCACUUGCUCUGUCUGGGGGAUAUGAAGAUGACCUUGACUAUGGAGUCUGUUUUACAUACACUGGAGAAGGUGACAAUCUCACUCUACUGAUGCAUGACCCAGAGCAGCAAAUGACUUCCUUUGGGCCUCUGAUAGGCUCUUUACAAACUAAGCACAGGCAGAAUUCUGUUUAAUUGCAUGAUAAGUAAUUUUUGUAAGAUUGUAAUCUGAUGCUUGGCAUAUCAAUACAAUUUUCAAUAAAACAUGAGAUGUCAUGAAUUACUUAUUACCACUGUAGUUCACAUAAAUUGUAAGUUAGCAUUGAUGUACAACAGCUGUGAUCAGACUUCAGCCCCAAGGAUACUAAGAAGAAUCAUUUAUCUGAAUUCAUUGUGUCAGGUCAUUAACUGAAAAGUGAAUUUGGAAUGUUUUCUUCUCGCAGGUGGAAGAGAUUUGAAAGGCACAAAAGCUAAUCCAAAGGUAUUGUCUAAAUUUGUGCGAAACUUGUUUUUAUUUACUGGAUAUCCCCUUUAGUGAUGACUAAACCACAUUUUUGUGCUUGCUUACAUAAUUUAACUUGUAGUCUUUAGUCUCAUGAGUUACAUUUGUCAUGUUUAUCAAAUGGUUUUUACCUAGAACACAUCAGAGAAGAUAGAAGCAACCACAGAUUGCUGGCAUAGCUUUUGGCUAUCCUCUCCCCUCCCUCCCCUGUCUUCCAGAUGGGAUGCUAUAAAUGAAAAGGGUACUAUUGUUGUCUUCACUAUUCUCUGCUAUUUUUGUAGAACUUGCGUACUGCUCCUCAAUCCAAAGAUCAGUGUCUGUCCAGAGGUAAUGAAAGAUUGGUUAUAUGUAUAAUUUCCCUGUCUGUAACAAGGUGUCUUAAGGUGUCUUUAAGAUAGUAGAAUUAUCAUAUCUGAACCAGUGCAUUUUGCCAAAUUAUCUGAAAUAAUGUGAAGCUGAAUGCUUGGCCUUUAUGAUCUUUAUGUGAUUCUCAAUAUCCUUUUUGAUUUUGUUUCUCCACUAUGACCUGCAUUACUGUAACAGGAAAUUUAGCAUUAAGCAGGAGUGUUGAAAGUGGGAAACCUGUGCGUGUUAUCAGAGGAUACAAGCUAAACAGCCUCUAUGCUCCAGAAGAAGGAUACAGAUAUGAUGGUAGGAAGUUCCUGCAAUGAUCCUGACCCAGUGAUAGAGAGAUAGUCUAUUAGAGAACAAUUGCAGACCUACCAGUUUUUAUAGUUCACAUUUUUUUCUAGCCAAGCAGUCAUAUGGCACUUGAAAAUUUAGAGGAUAAAUAGGGCACUAGAAAGCCUCAAGUUUUCACCUAGCAUGGACUUUUACUCUCUUUUGAUGGACUAAGUCAAGAAAGGGGCAACUGCACCUAUAGUCCAUUUUUUACCCCCUGGUAUCCAGCUUCACUUGGUGAUCAAGAUUUUCAUUGAAUUACAUAAACACAUUCGAACCUCCCUGUCAUUCUUUUGUUAUCAUGCUAGCCUAAUUAUUUAUAUAGAAGCUGUAAUAUUUUCUUUUAUUUCACAUUACACGCAUUUCCCACAUAUUAACCUGUUGGAAACAGCUACUAUGGUUUUUUUGCACAUUUUAAAACAGCAGUCAAAUGAUUAGGUUAAUUUUUGCAUCGCAACUGAAAUUGCAGUUUGUGCUAACUUUAUUUAUACUUAAAAAUGGCAGAAAAUAGAAUCUUCCGAUUUCUGGAGCUUUCUUCUGCCUUAGGACAGAGGUAUCCGUGGCAUACAACGUAUCUUAAGUUUUGAUAAGAAACAAGAGACAUGGAUACCUCCCGAUUUGCAAAAUUCAAAUCUCAACACUGUCUUUUAUGAACACUCACAGGGUACGGUCUGUGGAUUUGACUUACUGCCUCAAUAAAUUUGUUAAUGAUUUUACCUGUUUUUAAUUAUCUAUUGUAGGACUUUACCGAGUUGUUAAAUAUUGGCAAGCCUGUGGAUUAAGCGGCUUUAUGGUUUAUAAAUUUGCCCUUAAAAGAUGCGAAGGACAAGCCCCGCCUCCUUGGGAACAAACAAUUGAAGACUCCGGAUCAGACAUCAGUGACUCUAUAAAUGGCUCUAUUAACUGAGCUUUUGGUUAUCUUUAACUUAUAUUUA